UGCUGUUGCGCUGUGUGGCCACAGGGUGUGAGUCUCGGAGCGGACGGCAGGUGGCGCUGUGAGCCCAGGCGGUGGUGCGGUGGUGCGGUGUUGCCGGGACCGCAGUCGGUGUCGGUGUGAGGGCGGAGGAGCGCGCGAUGUCGUUUCGGAUGAACACCGAUUUGCUGAAAUGUUACGAGUUGGAUUUCCAGUUUUGCGACGAGGUCUCCAAGUACGAGAAGAUGGCGAAGAUCGGGCAGGGAACCUUCGGGGAGGUGUUUAAGGCGCGGCACCGCCAGACGGGAAAAAAAGUGGCUCUGAAGAAAGUCCUGAUGGAGAAUGAGAAAGAAGGGUUUCCAAUCACAGCCUUGAGGGAGAUUAAAAUCCUGCAGCUCCUCAAACACGAGAAUGUUGUCAAUUUGAUAGAAAUUUGCCGGACCAAAGCCACACAGUACAACAGGUACAAGGGCAGCAUCUACCUGGUGUUUGACUUCUGUGAGCACGACCUGGCCGGGCUGCUCAGCAACGCAAACGUCAAGUUCACGCUGGCUGAGAUCAAGAAGGUCAUGCAGAUGCUGCUCAACGGCCUCUAUUACAUCCACCGCAACAAGAUUCUGCACCGAGACAUGAAAGCCGCCAAUGUGCUGAUUACCCGGGACGGCGUGCUCAAACUGGCUGACUUCGGGUUGGCCCGAGCCUUCAGCCUGGCCAAGAACAGCCAACCCAACCGCUACACCAACCGUGUGGUCACUCUGUGGUACCGCCCGCCGGAGCUACUGCUGGGUGAGCGAGAUUACGGGCCACCCAUCGACCUGUGGGGUGCCGGGUGUAUCAUGGCCGAGAUGUGGACUCGGAGCCCCAUCAUGCAGGGCAACACUGAGCAGCACCAGCUGACACUGAUCAGCCAGCUGUGCGGUUCCAUCACCGCAGAGAUCUGGCCCAACGUUGAGAAGUAUGAGCUGUACCAAAAGUUGGAGCUGCCCAAAGGUCAGAAACGGAAGGUGAAAGACCGUCUGAAGGCCUAUGUGAAGGACCCGUAUGCCCUGGAUCUGAUUGACAAGCUGCUGGUGCUAGACCCCACCCAGAGGACUGACAGUGACGAUGCCCUCAACCACGACUUCUUCUGGACGGACCCCAUGCCCUCCGACCUCAAGAACAUGCUGUCCACACACAACCAAUCCAUGUUCGAGUACCUGGCCCCGCCCCGGCGCCGGGGUAGUCACAUGCCACAGCAGGCGGCUAAUCAGAAUAAGAAUCCCACCGCCACCAAUCAGACUGAGUUUGACCGCGUGUUCUGAAUGGUGGGAAGGGGGCUCUGUGUGUGUGUGUCUGCGUGGGAGGGAGGGAGGGAGUGGGGGGGCACGACAGUGGCUCUCUCUUCAGGCACAGUUUCCACGUUGCUGUGACUUAAUGAUCAAACAGGGAGUGAGGAGGCUGGGCUCUUGGUUUCCUUUAGGCAUGGCGUAGUGUGGAGCUUCAGUUUAUCAUUCCCCUGUUGGGAGUGGGUGCGUUUGCCGUUUGUAAUCAUUCCAUUGAUGCUCUUGCCAGUGGCUUACAUUGGCAUGGUUGGUGGCACACGUCACCUCCCCUGUGGUGAGUUACCAAUCUUGGCCAGCAGCUCAUAGCCUAGACAUUCCCACAGUCAGGAGGUCAGAGGACUGAGGCAAUGCUGAUCAUUCUCUUGAUCCUUCUCACUCUCCUUCCCUCCCCCCACCACUUCCUCCCACCCCCCACCUCCAUUCUCCAGUGGCUCGUCCUCGCCUCCUAGUGGACAUUUAGAAAGGAGCAAUGUGAGGUGCCUGGUUCUAGGUUUGGUGUGUGGCAGGAGAUGUUCAUGGUUGGUUUGACAGAAUCCUGUGAGAUUUUCCAGGAUUUAGGAACCAUUUUCCUAAAAUGUUCCUGGACUUCACAGAGGUUGCAGUUCCUUGGCUUAACGGUGACGGGUUUUGAGGGGGAAGAGCAGGUGCUGGUGGAUUUCCGAAGUCCCUGUUCGAUCAAGUCUGCGUUGGAGAAGAUUCCCUCAUUUAUUUGGGAUUCUGUUUAUCCUAUUUACGCUCAGACUGGAAGCGAUGAGAAAAAGUGUGUGGUUUUGUUCCUUCACAUGGAACUCCUGACAUCACCCCCCAGUCCAGUUUUGUUACUUAACGUUAACCGCUCCCUUGGUGGGAGGAAGCAAAUCUUCGAAAAGAACUUCCAUAUCUCAUCUGUUGAGAAUGUGGCACAAUUGCAUUCCUUGUUCAUUAAUUUCCUUACUUGUGUAAUGUCCCUUUGCAGAAUAUUAUAGAACAGCCUUGGGUGAGUGACAACACAUUACAGAACAGCUGUAUUGAAUGUGUAACCCUGUUCAGUUUUUUUUUGUAACUUUUCAAAUAAAACGCUCAAAAAA